CGAGCAGUGCCAGCACAGCGACCAUCGUCAGCCGAGAGGAGCAGACCCCCCUGGACGGCUCCUCCGCCAUCUGUGACACUGCUGAGGGUAAUUCUAAACAAACAUCUGUCGGUGCCACGGCAACUAACUAUGCUCCCUCCCAUCCGGGAGAUCUGGAGGAACUGCAGCAUGUCCUACACUUUCCAGAGGAAGUUGCACUGAGAAUUACCGAUGCGGAAUAUCAACUAUUUUAUCAGGUGCCUCCCGUAGAAUACUUCAAACAUGUGAUAUUAGAAUUGCAAGGCGAAACUGCUGCGGUUCCACCAACACCUCCGCCACGAUCGUCAAUCAGAGGCCUCCAAAAGCGAUUCGAUGAGGUCUGUUCAUGGGUGGCGCACUUCAUUGUGUCCCAAAGCUCGCAGGAUGAACGCAAAGCGGCUUUCGCGUGCCUGCUGCGUGCAGCUCUCACAUGCUGGAACAUUGGCAACUUCAAUGGUGCUCUGGAAAUUACAACAGGACUACGAUCCAUUAAACCGAAACACUUUUGGUCAUCGAGUGUGGAGAAAGGCAAAAAUCCCGUGCUGGACUUCCUGUCGGCCGCCCUCGAGUCUGUCGAGUACGAGAGGGCUCUAGCGAGGGGCUUGGCGAUGCCGGAGUGUCGCGUGAUUCCGUGCUUCAAGGCGUUCCUCGGCGAGCUGAAGGAGAUAAUGUCAACAGGUUUCCCCGUGGUGCCGCCGCACUCCUCGUGCGUUCCACCACAAGUGGCCAGCGACCCCAUUCAGAUCGAUAUCGAGCCGGUGGGGCGCAACAGCACCGCGCCCACGGCCACAACGACCAGCACCGUGGACAGCGUGAACCGUGGCGUCCAGACGGGGUCCGUGCGCAGCCCGCAAGAGCAGAGGAGGGAAGUCUCCGCGGCGACUGGUGGCAAGUGCCCCCAGCGGAAGGUGUUCAUCUCUGACUACAAUGGUGAUGACCACUACUUCACCAAAAUCGGGUCAACGGGUUUGGGGAAUCUGGAGCAAAUCUAUCGAACUCAGGCCGUGAUGGAUCACAUUGAUCUAUGCCACCAGCAUCAUCACACGCUGUGCAAGGAUUCGGCGGCGACGCUGCAAGAUUACCUGAGACUGGCGUCGCAGAGCCCCCGUCAAAUGGCGGCAGCGUGCACGUACCAGCCGGAAAUUGAGGAGCUCGAGGAGGACUACGAGGUGGAGAUUGGCAACUACAACCCCGUUCAGCCACUCUUUCACGACCAUGGCAUUUGCAUGAUUCCCAUCUCGUCGCGUCACCACAAAAUUGACCACCACAUCCUUCAGAUCCUGCAUCAUGGCACGACAUCUGUUCUGUGGGAGCCAGAGACGCCAUCUGAUAGGUCUUGUUAUGUGUUUUUUCGCCUGGAGCGCUCAUGUUCAAUGGUGACGUGGCAUAAACCGGCGUGGCGACGUCUCAGAACACAACAAGAUUUCAACAUGAAUAUAAAUCCGGAAGAAUUAGUUUCGCCACGACUGACACAGAAGCAAGUGCCGAGCGCCAUGGAUAUCGAGGGCCAGAAUCCGACGCUGGAUGAGGGCUUUCUGGACUUGACGCUGGUCAAAGAAAUCACAAUGGGAUCACGGAACCAUGAAUAUGAUUUGGAAUUGUUGGCUGCUGGAAAGAGAUUCGGCCUGACGCAUGUCGAGUGCUGCGUCUCAAUUCUUUACGGCAACACACUCAACGACAAUAGGGUUUUGUGUCUCCUCUGCCCACCAAUGCUGUGCCGCUUGUGGUAUGUGGGACUCAGUUGGAUCAUCCGCGGCAUCAAGAGACAACAACGACUGGCCGAUCGGUCCAUGUUCUGGCUCAAGGAGCAGUACAUUCAGUUGUACUUCGAGGACGGCUGCUGCGACGAACCGCUGGCCGCGGACGCCAUCCGAGUGUUCGGCGGCCGCGAUUGGGCGCUCUCGGGCAACACCACCAUGACAAGCAGCCAGGCCGCCGAGGCGGCGGACGCCCUGCGACGCGAGGCGUCCAUAAAGUUCAAGAAGAAGCGCUCCGUGGUGAAUCUGCUGACCCAGGGCGGCGCCUCGAGCAGUGGGCCAGCAUCCCUCGAGAUGGAUGCCACGCCGAAGGAUGUGCGGACGAAGCCCAUGGACCGGCGGAAGGAGCGCAACGAGUCAAGUGACCAAUUGUGGCAGAAUGUGAAGCACCUGCGGGCGGGUUCGAUCACAUACGAAACGCACCUCUCCUUCCUGGACUUUAUCGCCCUGUUCCGCUCCUUCAGUCUUCUGGCGCGCAAGGACCUGCGAGAUCUGUUCGAUCAGCUCUCCGUGGCGCGACGCAGCAAGUCCACCCUCAAUCCGGAGAAGAGUCGCAGCGCCCCCGAGUUGUGCAGUGGUGUGAGACAACGAAAAAUCGCUCAAAUGCAUGUUCUAGGUCUUCUGACGCGCAAUAGCUCGCUGGACCUGGAGUUUACCGAGGCCAAGAGUGCGCAGAAGAAGAUUUUCGACGCAAUCGCCGCAUCCAGUAUUCUGGCCAAUUGUGCCGGCAUCGAUACGUCCAACACGCAGGUCAUCACCGUGUCCACGCUGAGGAAGUACUUAGAGGCUCGCCAGAUGGAAGUGAAGACCGAGGACGAGGUUAUUGCAAUCAUUCAACGACACGAGCCUGAUCCCACUCUCAGAGCGGAGAAUUGUCUCAGCUUCGAGGGAUUCGCCAGGUAUAUGAUGGACAAGGACAAUUACGCCUUUGUCAACGAGAGGGUGAUUCAGAGUACGUCCAAUAUGGAGCGUCCGCUGUCCCACUACUACGUGGCGUCGUCUCACAACACAUACCUCACCGGUCACCAGCUCAAGGGUGAAAGUUCCGUCGAGCUCUACAGCCAGGUUCUCCUCACUGGUUGCCGCUGUGUCGAGCUGGACUGUUGGGAUGGCGAUGACGGCUCACCGGUCAUCUACCAUGGCCACACGUUCACCACAAAAAUCCCCUUCAAAUCCGUCGUGGAGGCAAUCAAUAAAUCAGCCUUUGUGGCAUCGCCCUACCCCGUGAUUCUGUCCAUCGAAAAUCACUGCUCGGUUCAGCAGCAGGCGAGGAUGGCGCACAUAUUUCAGAGUGUGUUUGGGGAGAAACUCGUGGCGAAAUUUCUGUAUGAUGUGGACUACAGCGAGGAUCCCGUCUUACCGUCACCGUCGCAGCUCAAGCAUCGGAUUCUGAUAAAGAACAAGAAGUUGAUUGUUGACAUACCGUCAACCAUCUCAAAUCCGGCUUUGAGGACGAACGCGGGCCUCAAGCAUCAGGCUAGUCAGUCGGGCAGGACGAGUUCCAUCAUCAGCAACGUGAGUGGUGGUUCUGUCAACGAGGAGUUUAGUGAUGAUGAAUAUGAGGAUGACGAUGACUUUGAUAACAUCGAUGAGAAAACCCUCCAUAGUAUUUUCGGGUCGACCGAUGAAAAAUCCUCACGCUACAGCUUGUCGUCGUUCUCCAAUGUGACACCAACACGUCGGAUAGAUAUUGACGACAAGCAGCCGAAGAAGCGGAGCAGCCAGAUAGCACGGGAGCUCUCCGAUCUUGUGAUAUACGUGCAGGCGAUCAAGUUCCGUGGCCUCAAUCCCAUCAGCCCGCACAACUCUGUUCGCCUGCAGCAGCCGCCGAGCACAGCCAGCUCCAGUGCCUCCCUCGUCACGGUGGGCAGCAUCCUGAAGAGCGGCGGCGGCGGCGGCGGCGGUGGAGGAGGUGGCGGCGGAGGCAAUUCAGGACCGCCUUCGAGUUCCGUGGACUCCACCUCGGCGGGCUCCGAGACCGAAUCGCAGCACACGACAUCGUCCAGCUACAGGAAGCUGAUGCACGCCAAUGUCAACCAUCCGUGCUACCAGUGCUCAUCCAUCAACGAGGCCAGCACGAAGAAGCUGUGCCGAAAGCACCCGCUGGCCGUCAUAGCGCACACCCAGACGCAGCUGAUGCGGACAUAUCCGGCGGGCUUGCGAAUCGACUCGUCCAACUUCAAUCCCACCUUCUUCUGGGCCUUCGGCAUCCAAAUGGUGGCGCUCAAUUAUCAGACUGACGACCCACCGAUGCACAUCAACACCGCAAUGUUCGAAGAGAACGGCAGUUGCGGCUUCGUGUGCAAACCAGACGUGCUCUGGGAUCAGUCCCACCUCAUGUACAGGCGCUUCAAUCCACUGGACAAGGAGUUCGAUGGCCUGCACUCCUCGCAAAUUGUCAUCAACGUGGUGUCCGGACAGUACGUCUGUCAGGGAAAUCUACUGUGCAGCACCUACGUCGAAGUGGAGAUGAUCGGCAUUCCGGUGGAUUGCAGUAAGAAGAAGACAAAGACUAUCAAGAAGAACGCUCUGAAUCCCAUUUGGAAUGACACCUUCUUCUACAAAGUCAUGUUCCAUGACCUUGCCUUCUUGCGCUUCAGUGUCUUCGACUCAGAUUCCAAUCACUUGGUGUCGCAGCGAGUCAUUCCGCUCAAGUGCCUGAGGCCGGGCUAUCGGCAUGUCCGACUGCGUUCGCCGACCAACCAGCCGCUCAGCAUGGCGAGCCUGUUCGUGUACUCGCGUGUUGAGGAGGAAUCGCUAGAGCGCACUUCUGACGAGGCGGCGGAGUUCAUGAGCGGCUGCCACGACGACAGCGCCCUGAGUUGCGUGCACGAAGGUGGCGGGCGUGUGGAGUCAUCACCAUUUGUCGGUGCCAAUAUACCCCUGAAGCGGCGCAUGUUCUUCCUGAUGGUGUAUGGCGUGGUGACGGACGAGCCGUACACGAUACUGAAAAUCACGCAAGAGAGCACCACGCAGGAGGUGAUCAUGCAAGCACUCCAGAAAGCGAGCAAGUCGCCACUCAACGUGAAUGACUACAUCCUUGUGGAGGAGGUGCGGCGGGGGUGGGAGAAGAAGGACCGUGACUUACCUUCGACGCAGCGCGUGUUAGACAUGUUCGAGAAGCCGCUACAGGCGCAAGGUCUCUGGAAAGGUGAAGGUCGCUUCAUCCUGAAGCGCAUUGGGGACGAUCCCAGCAGCAGAGCUUGGCUCACCUCCAUUCGCAGCGUGAGUGAGAGGCGUUCGAUAUGCGAGAGUGGAGAUGGUCCUUCAUCGUGGGACGAUGCUGACAACUUCCUCGUGUGCAUUUACAACGUGUCUCCGGACAUCCCCUAUGCCAUACUGAAGGUGCCGAUAGGGUCCACAGCGCAGGAUGUUCUGGCGCAGGCUCUCAUCAAGGCGAGACGCCUGGAAAACCCCAACAAUUUCGUUUUGGUGGAGGAGCUCGAGUACGGCGGCGGAGGAAGCUCAACGGCAACCAAUACACAACAGCGCUCGCUGCACGAUGAUGAAAAUGUCUACUUGACGCAGGCCAACUGGAAGACCAUCGGACGGUUCAUUCUGCAGGAGAAGAGUGUGGCCACACCGUCGAUGCGACGACAUCGCUUGGCCAUCGACAAGAUCAGCAGAGGUUUCAGCAUCAGCAGAGCCGCAGUUCUCAGUAGUAACAAAUCUCCCAUCCAAGUAGCGUUGAGCGAUCCGACAACAUCGAGAUCGCGCUCCAAAGUCGAGGAACCGGGCCACUCUCAGAUGGGUCGAGGCAUUUUCAGGGCUAAGGGCAACUCUGAGAAGGAGACGCCCACGUGCAGUCCUCGGCCCAGGCAGAGGGAGGUUCACUCGGAGGGGGAGACGCUCAGUGAUGACGAUAUCAAGGAAACGGACUUGAUGUCGACGGUGUCUCGUCUAAAGAAGAUGUCCAUAAGAAAGCUGAAAGCCUGGAAAACCUGAGUGUUGCACUAUGCAUCCUCGUAGAGCGGGGAUUCAGUUUCAAGCAGGGGAUCUAGGCAAGUCGCUUUCGCCAAUAUGGAUACGCUUUCUCUCUUUAGACGCUAGACGCCGCGAUAUUUUCAAGUUCGAUUUCAAUAGUCAAUUGCUAAAUUGUAGACAAGCAUGCUAAAAAUCGACUAUUGUUAAACCAUCUUCGCGAAAAGAUUUGUAAAUUCUCACUUCUUGUACAAAAGAGUGAUGAAACACACGACAUUAAGAACACUUUGUAAGUUUAUGCUGAGCAAAAACAAAGUUGAAAAUCACAUUAUCACACUUAUAAAGUAAUGUUACUUUGAAUUAUGGAAUUGACGAAUUUACCACAAUAAAUAAAAAAAAAUCACAACAUAAGAAAGAUUUUUUGAAGGGAAUUAAAACAGAUAUAAAUUAAAAUAUAAUAUCAAAAUUGUGUUUAUGCAGAGAGUCAAUGCGCUGAACACAGAAAAGUGAAAUCUCUGAAAGAAGUAACUAUAAAUAUUCACACACAAGAAAAACUAUUUAUAAUAAAUAAAUAAAAAAUUUCUAAUAAUUAAUAAAUUGCAAAAAUAGUAAAAUAUCUCUUACUAAGAAGAACACUAUUUGACGCCUACAACUUCCACUUUAAAGAAGUAUCUCAUCGCAAUUCAAAUAGCUUUAACUAAUCAUAUCGUUACAAAUUAAAAGAGAAAAAAAAUUAUGAAAUGAUGCUGUAGUACAUGAAAUGCAUCUGUGGAAUGACAUAUUUUCUAUUUUUCAUUUUUUGGAGCAUUGAAAAGAUAAAAAAAAUACCUACUACGUCUGGUAGUUGCCACUUGGUAGCAUCUGUGUAAAUUUAACAGUUUAUUAGAGAUGCAGAUCCUCUUCACAUGAUCGAUGAAAAUGUAAACAUAUUAAAUAAAUUGGACCAACAUGAAUUAUUGUGUAAAAAGAGGUGAAAUCUAUUUAGAAUGAUGGACAUUUUGCCAUUAACCAUGUUAUGUACUUAUAAAAGAGAAAGAUGCAAAGUAAAAUAACUAUCGUAUGAGUAUUAAAUAUGAAUGUAAAAUUGAAAACCAUUACUUAAAAAGAAAAGAUAUAAAUGCAUUAAUAUCACACGAAGCAUGAGAUGCUCUAACGUUACAAAAUAGAGUAAAGACAAGGUAUAAGAAAAGAACUUCAAUCAAAUCACAUCACUAUCAGACUUAUCAAGAGAAUCAAGCUUCUAUUGUAAACCAGAAAUAGGCGUAUCUCCUUCAACAAACAUAAUCUUAGGGAAAUUUAUAUACCUAUCUUAAGUCUCAAUCACGGUACUUCAAUUAACUCAUGCGAAAUAUGUUGUGUUAUCUCUAGAUAGUUGUUGAUUUAGAAUGUGUAUCAGAGGUCUGUCUUUACUUCUCAAUAUUUUUGCUAAAUUUCUAGUCGAUCAAACUCCAACAUGAAUGCAUGCAUUACCCGCAUGAAGGAUUAACGAGAGAUCUUUGUUGAGUUUUGAAAAUUUUAUAAACAUGAAACUAUAUGUUAAAGUUCUUUUUAUUACUAUCGACGAAAAUGUUUUUAGAGUUUUAUCUCAUUCCUCACAGACACUUGUAGAUAUUUAAAAAUAAAAAGAAAAAUGCUGUAAACUUCUCAUUCGAAUAAACAAGUACUUCUUAUCGAGUUUUUUCCUUCAUCUUCGUCCAAAUGUAAUGAAGCUACUUGGAAAAUUCCAUGAACCACAAUAAAAUCAAUCAUAAUAAAAGGAAAGAAAAAAACUAUCAAAAGUAAUUUAAUAAAAUAUCUUAGAUAUUGGAUUUCUAUUUGAUAAACAAAUAAAGAGAAAAUAGUAAAUUCAGAGAUUCAUUCCAGUUUAGUGAAUAUAAUAAGAUAAAGAUUUUAAAAAUGUAAAUCCUCUUAAAAUAAAUAGAUACAAAAAAAGGUGGAAAAUUUAAACGCUGUGUUAAUAGUGUGGUAAAAUGAAGUAUCACUUCAUAAAGAGAUUACCAAAAGAUAAGAGAGAUGCUAUGCUACAUGUUAAAACAAAUCUAAUAGUCGAAGUGAGAAAAUAAGAGACAUUUUUGGAAAGAACGUAAAUAGCAAGAUGUACUAUAAAUUAAUUAUUGCAAAGGAGAUGUAUUUAGGUAUUAUGUAUUAUGUAAUUAACAGAAUGUUUUUCUAAUAUCACUGUGUCAAGAUGAAAUUUUUCUUAAAAUGAUAUCUUAACUAAUAUUAAAAGGUUUAUAUAUUUUGUUAGAAUUGUCUUUAAUAUUAAUAUUGUGUAAGAAUUGAAGAUGGUGAGAUUAAUGUUAUACACCUAACUACAUAUUAUGUAUAAAUUUCUAUUAAAUUAAUUUUUUAAUUUAAUGAAAGAAUAAAUAUGAAAAGAGAAAUAAAUGUUAUUAUAAUAUAUAUAUAUAUAUAUAUCCUUAAGGCGAUUCCUGAAUUAACCGAUGCCCAAUAUUUGAAAUAUUUGAAUAGUGUUAUUAAAGAAUUUUUUGUAAAAUAGAGAAAAAAAAUGUUUAUCGGGGCGUUGUAAUGGAUCAAGAGAAUAAAAAUAGAGUGUUUAUGUUGACGGUAGAGAAAGAAACUUGAUGAAAUCAACUGAUCGCCUUAAAAAUUUAAUUGUUGUGAUUUUGUGAGUCAAAUGUGUGUGUGGAAAUGUAGAAAAUGAUUGCUCUUCUGUGUCGUUGAGAUUUUUCUAUUUUCAUUCUCUGGAAAAACUGUCUCUAUUGUCUUCCUUCCAUGAAAUCUAUACAAAUGCACAGACCGUGACAUAAGAAAAAAAAAUUAGACAGAGAAACUCACACAUCAGCAAGACACAAAUCCUACCUCAAAGUGCAUAUCCUUGAAUCCCAAUUAAUAGCAUCUUGACACAAUGGAACGACGGAAAGGAACGAAAAUAAUGUGAAAAUGUUGUGUUAAAUUGUCGUUAUUUUCUACUUUUCCUCUACCGUUUUUGACUCUUUUCAUUUCGAAACUAACCUAGAUAUUUACAAUACAAUCCCUGUGAAAUCUAUAUGUAAACAGUGGUGGAAAUUCUCGAAGCUGCACUUCGCAGAGCGUAUACUUGUGAAUACUCUGUGAAUGCCACUUUUCUUGUAAACUUCAGAUUAGAUUAUAUUUUUUAUUGAAAUACAAUCUUAAAGAUACCCAGUGAGACGGUUAAUCUUAUAAUAAUGUGCAACACAUGGGGAGUCAUUUCAAAGGAAAAUAAAGAUUUUCAUGACAUUUUUGCAAAGAAAAAAAAAACAAUACAUUUAUUUAGUAGCUGUGUUAAUCAUCCUGAAAGAUUACACAACCACAUUAAGAGAUAUGCAUCCAAAAUGUACCAUAAAGAAAAUUGUUCGAAUAAUAAUGAAAUGUAUCAUCUUUUGACUAGUUAUUAAAUGAAAAGUGAACAAAGAAAAUGAAAAAUAUGAAAUAUUUUACAGUAAAAUAAUAAAACUGAUACA